CGCCGGUUUGGAGAUAAAAGCCGAACGGUCGCAGCGAGAGAGAAAUUAGAAAACGGGAGUUUAUUUUCUGCUUAAAACCCUAACCCUAAAUCUUACCCCUUGAUCGAUCUUGCUACAGAUCUAUUGCUUGAUUUUGCCCCAAAUUUCAAAAGUUAGGGUUUCGGGAUCGCUCUCGAUCUCCGCUGCAUGAUCGAUAUCGGCGACAAUGGCCGCCAUGUUCCCGGGACAGUUUAACGUGUCGGAGGUUGGGAAGUAUUUUGUGACGCAGUACUAUCAGAUAAUUCAUCAGAAUCCGCAUGUUGGAUAUCAGUUCUAUAACGAUUCGAGCACCAUGCUUCGGAUCGAUGGGGACAACGAGAAGCUUGCUGUUUCCACAAUGGAAAUUCACAGUCUUCUUUCAGAUCUGAGCUUUACAUCAAUUGAGAUCAAGACAUUGCAUGCUCAAGCUUCUUGGGGCAGAGGCGUGCUUGUGAUGGUUUCUGGUUUCGUGCAAAUGAAGGACUAUGGUGGUAGGAGGAAAUUUGUGCAGACCUUUUUCCUUGCUCCACAAGAAAAAGGGUACUUUGUCCUUAAUGACAUUUUCCACCUGCUUGAUGAGGAAACAACAGUGCAGCCCUGUGAUGACAUUUUGGACCAUAACAAUUAUGAUACUAGCUCUAAGAUGGUCAAUCAUCAUAUGCAGGAUCCUGGAUACACGGUUGGAGAAGUGAUUCAGAGUAGGGACUAUGUGUCUCCUGGCAAUGCACUUGAAGAAGAACUGCAGGCUAGGGAAUAUGUGGCUCCACUUCAUUCAGAUGAAAUUGACACAGUUGAUAAAUAUAGCAUCCCAGAACCUCAGUACAAUAUACCUGAACCUCAGUACAGUAUGCCUGAAGCUCAGUACAGUAUGCCUGAAGCUCAGUAUAGCAUUCCUGAAUCUCAGUAUAGUGUUCCUGAAGAUCAGUAUAGCAUACCUGAAGCUCAGUAUAGCAUACCUGAAGCUCAGUACAACAUACCAGAAACUCAGGAAGUUUCCGAAGCUGAUGACAAGCUAGAUGAAAUUCCCGUAGAGGAGCCUACUGCUUCUUUCCCAGGCGUAGGUACUGUGGUGCGAGACCCACCUGCCUCUGCAGGAGAACCUUCAGGGGAACGACCAAAGCAAACCUAUGCCUCCAUUUUACGUCUUGCAAAAGAACAAUCUGUCAACUCCAUGCCCCGUGCUGCUCCAGUGAGCAAAAUGAGCCCCUCUGUCUCAGAUGCACGAAUUGCAAACCCCCAGCCAUCUUAUCCCGCAACGCCUGUCCAGCCUGAGAAUUCUGAGGCAGUGGAGGAUCUUAUGCCAGCAGAAGAUGAAGGUGAAGUUAAAUCUGUUUAUGUGGGAAACUUGUCCUCUUCUGUUUCCGCCUCUGAUCUUGAGCAUGAGUUCAAAAACUUCGGAAGAAUUAGGCCAAAUGGUGUUACCGUCAGGAGCCGCAAGGAUUCAGGUGGUUUCUAUGCUUUUGUUGAAUUUGAAGAUGCUGCUAGUGUUCAGUCUGCACUCCAGGCAUCUCCAAUAUUGGUGAAUGGAAGGCAAAUAUAUGUUGAGGAAAGGAGACCUAACAGCGGCAUAUCUCGAAUGGGUGGAGGAAGAAGAGGAAGAGGAAGAGGUGCUUACCAAUCUGAGGUCCCCAGAUACGGUGGCCGAAGUUUCAGCAGGAGCGGCGAAACGACAACAAUGAUAGAGAAUAUACUACGGUCGGCGGGUAAUGGAGUUCUCCCUCGAGUCCCUCGCCAGGAAAGGGGCAUUCUCGGAAACCAUGCAUCGAGGAACGGGCAGGACCCAUCUGAAGCAGCAUAUUAUUAA